AUGCAGAUGCUCCUGGAGACUCUCACAAUGGCCAAAAGAUUAAUCCUCGGAUUUAUUCUCCUCUGGGGAGUCUGUCAAUCUGCCUCGGAAUCAUAUCAACCCAAAAGUGGCGUCAACGAGAGUACAAGAAUUUUCUCCCCACGUAUGGACUACGACGAGUGGACGCCCCUGGGCCGAGGCGAUCCCCUGAAGAACGAUCCGACCUUCGACUACGUCCCCCCCGUGUUGGACCGUGUCCAAUACUGGUUGGGUGACACACAAACAACCGAGCCCUCGUCAAAACGUGACGUCCUGGUCCUCGGCGUAACAGCCAAGAAGACGAGCCCCCAGAUACCCGAGCACUUCCUCAAGUUCAUGGACUCAAAAUUCCAGGAGCCUAAACAACCGGCGAACUACUUGACACGAGACUUCACAGGCAGCACCGGGGCAGAGCCCCCCAAGCUGAUCCGCAACACGAAAUUCCGUAGUGGUCCACCACCACUGGACUUCAAGCACUCCAACAAGGGGCACUACCCCGGCUACCCUGAGACAAACGACUUCUACUACUCGGAGAAGCAGAAGCCGUACACAAUGAUGCUGCCGCCCCCGCUGAACUCAGUCGCCAAUAAUCUUCAAUUCGGAAUUCUGCCUCCAAACUCUCCGAAGAAGCCAAACUACGAGCCCUCGACGACAUCGUCAUCGAUUUCCUUCGAGAAAUCCAACCUCAUUUACCACCAGUCGAGUCACCAGGCGCUGGACUGGCCCUCUGCCAACCCUCCCCACGCCCUCCACCGCCCGCAACCCCAGAACAAUCCGCCACUGAUCACCUGGCCGCAGGAGGAAUCCGACAAUUUUGAUACCGAUCACCAUCACGCCGCGUCAUCGAUGAACCACGAGAUCAUCGUGGGCCCCAACGCCAACAUCAUUGUCGACGCCGGCGACAGCGCCGAAGAUAAAGAGGAGAUCGUCGUGGGCCACAAGUCCCCGGAGUUGAACAUGUCUGUGAUCCUAGCGAACGCAUCAACGACCCCCGGGGACUACGAAUCCAAGAGCAUCGUGACGGUGAGCGUUGUGAUGCCGAUGAAUUACAAAGAAGACACCACGAAGAGCAUCGCCAGUGUGACAAGAUCAAACAUCGAAGUGACGCCGGUAUCGUUGGCCUCUUCAAUUGUGGAGAUGAGCGCAACGACGCCGUUCGUCCCCUCGACGACGAUGCUGCCCCCUUCGAUGGUGGACAUGUCCUGGCAGCAGGAUCAGGCCCCGCCUCCGAUGUUCCCAGAGAGGAUGCCUCCUACGAUCUUCAGGAGACCGAGUGUCCCUCACAGACCUCUGUUUGGAGGACCCAGACCCAUGGGAUCAAUGAUGAUGUUCAGUAAUGAAGCUUUUCGACCUACUACUAUCAAAUCUCCUCUUGGUGCUCUCCUGCAGAAGGAGGUGAGCACUAAAGGACUGAUGAUGACUCCCACAACAACAACAACGACGACGGUGGCUCCCUCUACGACGCCGGUCACCGAGAGCUUCACUACAGAUCCCAUUUUCUCGCAUUAUAAACAACCCGCGAGUCCUCUGCAUGGCCCUCCGUACUUGAUCAUCCAAGGGCACUCGAAGGUGAAGACUUAUAAACCUACGAUUAAUCAACAUGGGGUGCCCGUGGCAAUGGAGACCACAGUGCGACCAGUAUCCAAGUUUGAGCAGUUUGUUAAUGAGAAUACGAGACGAGUGGAUACGAAAACUACGACUGAGGGGAGCCUGACUGAUGUGGAGAAGAAAAAGAUCGGAUCUGACAGUCUUGUUUAUUUUGUGGAGAAGGGUGUCAGUGCUUUCACUGUUUUUGAGGACUGAAUAUGGUGAAUGUUAGUUAAUUGUGAGGGUUCUGUAUUGUUUAUGAUUAGCGCCAGUGCCAGUACACGAUAUGAAUGAAUAUUGUUUAUCGAUAGUGAGUAUUUAACAUUAACACUAGUCUUAUAUUUGUUAAUCAGUUACCAAACA